AUGAAAACUUGGCUUUGGGUACGCUGGCUUCUAAUUUUUAAGUGCGUGGGCUCAGCGCCUCGAAACUUUCGUAUCGCCGUCGACGAUGUCAGCAUUAAGAUUUUUGAUGCAGAACUACUCGAAAAGUUCGAUUGCCAGGUGUUACAAAUUGACAACAAGAGCUAUGUCAACUGUCAAAUAGUGCUAAAGAGAUAUGUUGAUCAAUUGAAAGCACGCUCUAUCUUGGACUUUUGGAAACCAAAUGGUCAGGCUAUGAAGCUGUUCGAUGCCCGAUUGGAUGCAUGCCUCUUCAUGGGAAGCGUGCAUAAAAACCGAUUUUUUAAUAUCUACGCAAAAGCCCUAAAAAAAUAUUCAAACCUGAAGUGUCCUCUGAAACCGAAUUUCACCUAUACCUUGGAAAAACUUAAUUUGGAUGAGCAAGACUUUCCAGCAUUUGUUCCUCUCGGAAGUUUCCGAUGCAACACAGAGUUUACCUUUAACGACAGUAUGAGCAAGGCCAUACGCAUUAUAGUCCGUGGAAAGAUUUUACCGAGGCGUUCAGCAGCUCCUUAA